GGGCGUGUCGGGUGUCGUGUUUCUCUUUUGUCACCUGCAGCAUUAAUUCUUUGGCACAUUCACCUUCAGCAGCAGAAACACACGCUCUCUCUCAGACACACACACAGAUGGAGUCCAGCAGCGGGCGCUUCUCUCUCUUCUCCCCGCACCCAGCGCUCUUCCUGCGGCCGGAGGACAGGAGUUUCCCGCGCAGCCCGAAGUGCGCGCGCUGCAGGAAUCACGGCGUGGUUUCGGCUCUGAAGGGCCACAAACGCUUCUGCCGCUGGCGCGACUGCGCGUGCGUCAAGUGCGCGUUGAUCGCGGAGAGGCAGCGCGUCAUGGCGGCGCAGGUGGCGCUGCGGAGGCAGCAGGCGCAGGAGGAGCUGCAGAUGAUCUACCCCGCGGCAGGAGCGAGCGAGGCCGGCUUGGGCGUCUCCAGAGCGCCGCUGAGCUCAGCCGCGUUUGACGCCUUCAGUCCGGACGCGUUCAGAGACGAGACAAACCUAAACAAGUGCAGUGUGUUGAGCGGACUGAUGGAUCAGGCUUUGUUCAGCCCGCACACACCUGCGCUGAACGACAGCGUGUCUCCCGGAUCGGAUCUGGAGUCCGGCAGCGAGUCGGAGAAACCCAAAGAAGAGCUUUCCAAAACGAGCGGGCGAAACCCCGCUGCUGUUCUGACGAAGAUCUUCCCUUAUGUCAAGCGAGACGCUCUUGAGUCGGCGCUGAAGGCCUGCUCGGGAGACGUGGUGAGGGCCAUUGAACUGCUGCUGGGUUCUCAGGAGGGCCAGAACUCAAGCGGAGACGUUCCUCUGUCGGAGAACCUCCCCAUCUCACGGUCGUCUGCCGUCUGCCUCACAGAAGCUCCUCUAAGACACUUCAGCUCCAGAUCAGCGUUCUCUCCCCUCCACGCCUCCUCCGGUUUGCUGGGGUUAAACCCUCGCUUUGCCGUCGCUCCGCUGCGACUCGCCUACUCAACACCCAGCUUCAUUCCUCCGUAUCUGACGCCUGCGUUUGUCCCGGCGCUGUCCCUGCGGCCCCCAGCUGACUAUCCGCUCCCCGGGGCCCUGCGGGACCUUCCUUACCCCAAAGACACUUUCAGCCCCGCAGUGUUUUACUCCAGCCUCAGCCACGACAAAUAAUCCAAGCCUCAGUCUCUUUCUUUAUUAAACUACUGUACAGUGUACAAGCGUGUUGUGAUUUGAGAUCGAGUCACAAGCAGUUUAAUGGAAGUAAUUACAGUUUUA